AUACUUUCAAAGAUGAUGGAGUCUAUUCUAGAUAUUUCACACGGAUGAAAAAGGGGAGAAGCAGCUUGAAAGUAAGGGUUAAAAAUAAAGAUGGACAAGCCAGAUUUACUCUUCAAAAAAGAGGUGGUGCACCAUACGUACCCGGAUAUGUGGUGAACGGUGUAGUGGAGCUGAACCCACCAAAGCUUUCAGUUUCUGAGGAACUACCAGAGGUUGGAAGCUUCACCAGAACAGCCACUGGUGAGAGUUUUGAGGUGAGUCUAACAAGCUCAAAGCCACCAAAAUUCCCUCCAUGCAAAAUCAUAGAUCUGAGUGCUGAGAUCCAGGAGGACGCUGUGCUUCUCAGCUGGACGGCUCCUGGUGAAGACCUUGAUGAAGGGUCAGCUAAAUCCUAUGACAUCAGGUGGAGUUUUGAAGUGAAAGACCUCCUCUUCAACUUCAGCAAUGCUCACGUAGUCAACACAUCUGUCAUCUCACCACAGGUGUUUGGAUCAGUCGAACAGCAUUUGUUUAAUCUCAGUUUUCCCAUCCAAAAUGGCACUAUACUCUUUUUUGCGAUUCAGUCUGAGGACAACGAAAAGCUGAAAUCUGAAAUGUCUAACGUGGCUUCAGGUUUACAGAUUAUCCCUAAUCCAAACACAGGAGAUCUAGACCUGAAGCUGAUUUUUAUUGCUAUUUCUGUUUGCCUGGCGUCUGUGGUGGUUAUUGGAAUUUUUGGAAUUACAACAUGGGCUUUGACACGAAAGAAACUUUCUGAUUCCUAGAGAUAAACCAACAUUAAAAUUAACCCAAAGAAAAAGUUUAUAUCUUAAAACUGCAUUGUACACCUUCUGCUUUCAAUAAAAGUCAUGUUUGGUGAAGACAUUGAAACUGGGUAAAUUUGGAAAUGUUUUGUGAGGGAAUUUUGAUUGAGAUGAUGAUUACUGUAUAUAUUUCUUGAGAUUAUUAUGUGCUCUGGAAACGAUGUACUUUACCAUCACACAGUAACUAUUGUUGUUUUUAAGCUAUGAAUCAGUUUUUAUUUGUAUUUUGUCUGUUUACAUUUGAAAUUUAAAGUUUUACCAAUUUUAUUCUGUUACUAUUUUUUCUUUGCAGUUUUUUCAUUAUAAUUUUAGUGUAAUAAUGCCAAUAUAUGGUAAUACCUUGGAAAUAUAAGGUUCUAUCUGCAUUCUGAAUAAUUUUGAGAUAUUGAGUUUCAAAGAUUUUG